AUGAUGCUAAGUGAAGUCAGUCCAUCACAAAAGGACAAAUGGGACCGUGGCAUUCCGCUUCCAUGGGGUGCGGAGAGUGAACUCUGGGGAUCAAAGAAAAACGCCAGCUGCCGUGGACCGCUGAGGAACGGCCGGAGUCCGGCGGGAGCUCCCCUUCCCCUCGCCCGCCGCCUCUCCCUUCCCGCGGCCCCUGGAGGCCGAGAUCCAUCCGCGUCCCGCGCGCGCUUUCCUCAGAGGCUCGGCCGGGCGCCCUGCUUCAGAGGGGGCCUGAGGGAGCCUCCGCCUCCGCCGCUGCUUUCUCCCCCUUUCUUCUCCAGCGGCUCCUCCAGGCCGCUCCAGAGACCCCGAGGACCCAAGGACGGUGCCGGGCGGAAAGUCUGUGCGAAGCUGAUGAAAAGGUUGCCCGGAGACAGCGGAAGCUACAUGAGAUAUGAAACUAAGUACCAAGAUAUCUAGACAAGCCCAACUCCAAUGUAUCACAAGACGCUUGGGCCUUGCAAAAAAGGAAGCUUGGAGGAUCAACAUGAUUGGGUGAGGCAGCUAUCUUCAGCUUUAAUUUGGGACAAUUACGCAGGGUCAUCCCAGCUCCAGAACUAACUCUCCAUGGAAUCAGCAGAGGCCUUCACUGAGACUGUGUUGCAGUUCAAAUUCUCCCUCUGGCCAACCCCACAGGUGUUAAUUCCAAGAGCAAUCCCCAGUAAACCUCUGCAUGC